ACAGUUUAAAGAAAAAGGAAUAAAUCGAUUCGUGAGGGAUUGGAAGAAGGAUUGGAGGCGAUCAUUUGGGCGAUGAGGAAAGCUUCGAUGGAUGGUCUCUUGAGAGACAAUAAGACAAUGUUGAAAAGACAUGGCGAAGUGCUACCACACGAUGUCGUUGAGCUCAUCCUGGAGAAACUUCCUGUGGUGUCUCUGCUGAGAUCCAAGUCUGUAUCAAAGACGUGGAAAGCGACAAUCGAGUCCCCAAGUUUCAAACAGAGACAACUACUGAUCACCCUUAGGAAAUCACGAGGUCCAGAUAUCCUAUACGUGACCGGGUUUGGUAAUGAAGAAGAAAUAUUAGAAGAAGGUAAUAUUAUGGUGGGGGCUUGUGUAAUUCGCAGCCUCAAGUUCCCUACAAGGAGCGACAAGGUUUGCUAUGGUGCUUGUGACGGACUUGUAUGUCUUUUCAGCAACCGCAACCCGAGUGUCAUCUUUAAUCCCACCACUAGAUGGCGUCGAAGCUUUCCUCAUGCGAGGGUUCAACCGCGCAUCAUCUCUGACGCUCGCGCGUGUAAAAAAAGAGUCUGCCACACCCGAGAACCUCAGCUAGGAUUCGGCAAAGACAAAGUCAGGGGCACAUACAAGCCGGUUUGGCUCUUUAACUCAUCUGAGUUUGGCCUAGACAAUGCCACCACUUGCGAAGUUUUCGACUUUACCACUAAUGCUUGGAGGUUUCCCUCAAUGGUGAAACUACCCGUAGCUAGGAACAACAAUGGAAUCACUUUGGCAUUUGCAAGUAAUUUUGUCUUUUCAUAUAUGCUUUGUUGUAUGUGUAGAAGAAGCACGUUUGUUUUAUUGAAUUUGCAAACUAUCAAAAGGAUUUACUUACUAUUAUGUGUGUAUAUUACAUUAGCAAGGGCAUAUCAUUCAUCCAUGUACUAGCAUCCUGAUCACUUGUAACCCCUUCAUACAAUUUCAUGCUUUAGCUAGUAAUAUGAUAUCUUUUAGGGAGAUA